CUGAUCGCUCCCUAACACUUUACUCUGAAUGCAGCCAAUUCUUCCGUCAACAUUAUUUACAUAACCUCACUUUUGGAUCUCGGUAUUAUGUUACCAAACUUCAUAGAAAAAGUGAAAUUAUUACAAAUAUGGAGGAAUUCGAAAGGGCUACCGAUAAUCUUCGCUUAUCGGCCGACCACCGUGAGCUAUUCAAGACACUGAUGACGAUACGAAAUCACCUGGAGGGCCCCCUGCCCGCCGUCAAAGAAUCCAUUAAAAAAAUCCAAGAGAAAGACUCGCUCAAAGUAUUGAUUUCGUGCUUACAACAGAAACGACAACCGAUCAUCAACGUCUCGCUGAGCAUACUCGGUCGGUGUUGCAUGGAGAGAAAUUUCGUUCGAAUCUCCGUCAACCGAUAUAAUCUGGUCCAUCAUCUCAAUAGCCUGAUUAAGCGGCACGAGGUUAAUAGUAUUCGGGUGCGUGUCUUCCGCAUAAUCGGCAACAUGUGCCAGCACUGGGAUCGGUUCGCCAACACCAUAAUCGAGAAGGAACCGAGCCUGCACCUUGUCGAACGGAUCGUGAACUACCUAAAGACCUCGUCCUCGCCGAAUUUGGAGGCGGAAAGUGACAACUCCGAAGAUGCCGCCGCGAUAAUGAGUGCGAUUCGCGCUCUCCGCGAGUUGGCCAAUAAGGAGACCAUAGCACGGUUGAUCGAUUUGGGCGUGCUGAAUGCUGUUGGUGUUGUGCUUGUGCGUUGGACACCAUUGUGGAUCGAGAGGAAGAGGCAGGUGGAUCUGCUGUUGGCCGCCGUGCGAUUGAUUUACAGCUAUUCGAAGUACAAUGUUCCGAAGUCCAUUUCUGAAUUGCAAGCCGCCGAAGGUGGAGACGCGAUGCUGUGCUUGGGAAAAAUGGUGGAGCUAUGCCCGACCGUUAUUUUACGCAUCAUUAUAAACCUGAAGCACAUAACGACAUCGAGAUCUGACCUACCGAUGGGCACGAUAUCCGAGUGUCUCAUCGACAAACUGAAAAACCCCAGCGGUUUUUCGGACGGCUACGAAGACAAAGCUUACCGCGAAUGUCUCAAGUGUCUGUGUUAUUUCAUACAGAGCUUGUUGAUUCAGGAAAGCGCCCUGGUGAAUACGGUAAUUGUGGCGUUACUUGCAAUUCUGGAUAGUUUCGAGAGCAUGUCCGACAUUAUGUUAAAAAACAGCACACUAAUCGUCGCAUCUUUGAACGUUUACGUGACGUCCGACAACUUCGCACUGCUCAUGCUACAAAAUGCCGUAACGGGCAUACUUGUGAAGAAAUUGGACUUGAUAUUGGGAGCGAACGCGAGUUAUCACGAGGUGCACGAGUGCCAUUCGAAAACGUCCGGGCACAACGCGACUACGGACAGCCCUCGAAAGAUGGGAUGUAGGAGUACGAAGUCGGUGGUCGAGUUAACGUUCGACAGGGCGUCGAGCCCCUACUGCGAAUCAUUGAUCUCGAGUGGAAGUCAAAGUCCGUGGUCCAGUCCGAAUAUCAGCGAACUGGAAGCGACUGAGUCAGAUUCUGACGAUUAUUCUCCUGUGUGUAGCGACGCUGAAUGCGAAGUUCAACCGGUCGACGACCUGGACACCCCGCAUUCGCCCCAUAACGACGAAAGGGACGAACGCUCUAGUCUCGCAGGGUCGACGCUGGCCGAUACGAGCACUACACUUCUCAAGAAGGAGAUGGUUGCCAAAAUACUCAAUCUUGUACAGUACUUUCAAGCGCUGCGACCCGCGCCUAUGGAGUUGAUCAGUCCCCCUGAUUUUCUUUUAAGGCUACUCAUGCUCUGUGCUCCCAGCAACCACGCGUUCCGUGCGGUCGAUCCGGUAUCUUUGGUUAAAAUGAUCGCAAGGAGACCAGAGUAUCUGAUUUCGCUAAUGCAGUCGAGCUUUUUCCCGACGGUUUACAAAAUGACAAUGUCCACACACGACUCUUGCUGCACGUGCGACGAAUUAUACAAGCUGGGCAGAGAUAUUUUGAAGACGGUCACCGUAACGGUCGAACACAAGUGCGGAAAAGGCGACAUUGCGCACCAGCUGUACCGAGGAAACGACGAAGUCAAGCGGCAAAUCGUGCCGAUUAUACCUUUAAUCGUUAACAACAACAAAGUGCUGAACCAGCUGAUGCGCAUUGGCGGCGGUUUGGAGGUGCUGCUGGGCUUGGUUCGGGAAGACUCCGACUUGCAGGCCAGCAGCAUUCUCGGCCUGUCCUGUCUGAGCAAGAAGUUGGGCAUCGUCAAUCCGAAAUCGGUAAAGGAGAGCAGCAAGUUCGCCGUUCCGCUUCAGCUGGAGCUGGACAACUACGCGUUGCGGGAGAGCUGCUCGGUCGUCUUCUUCACGUUGGACGACGGAAGCGUCGUGCACGCAGAUCGCGAGCUGCUGUGCGAAAGGUCGGUGUACUUUAACCAAAUGCUGUCGGGCACCUUUCGGGAGGCUCGCGAGCACGAAAUCUGCCUGCACAAGGUCAGCAAUAACGGACUGAAGUUUCUGUUCCUACUGAUGCGAUUGGAUCUGGACACCAAAGAUGUCUACAUGUUCGACGUUAACCUGAAAACGCUAUUGGACGUGAUUAUUUUAACAGACCGUUACUUAUUGGAGGAUUACUGCGCCUGUUUAACCAAUUCCGUGCAGACCUUUAAAUUCCAACCCGAUUCCAUGGCGACCAUCUACGACUGGUCGUUGGAAUCGCACACCGACAUUCUUCGAAUUGAGGCGGUUGCGUACGCCUUGGUCGGAAAUAUGGCGGAGCACGAUCGGUAUACGAUGUUUAGGAGCCUUUUAGACUUGAACCGUACCGAAGAUUUGAUGAAGGACAUUUACGGAUUGUUGAGUCGACAAUUUAAGAUGAUAUGAACCCGCGUAUGCGCCGUAGGUGGUUUAAUUUUAGCAUUGAAAAUGCUUGGCCUGCGUACAGUUAAUUGUAUAGAAUAUUUAUAAUAAAUGGUUGCAAUUAUU